AGCUGUGCGUACUUCGCACCUGGCGUAAGAUUAUGGGUAGACACGACAACGGUCAACUUUUGUGUCUGUGAGAGAGUAAGAGAGAGGGGUCGUUUCUUGUUACGGAGAACGACCAUCAGUGCAAGCAUCCCCAAGCAAUCGUCCUAAAGAAAACCUAGAUGCUCCCAUUAAGUUAGUAUGAACGAUAACCAUGCCUUUGCACGUGGGAGUUCUAGUUCCAGUGUAAGUAGCAGCCUGCCAGACACGGAGGAUGACCGAAUCAUUGCUAGUAUCUUGUCAGAAGAAAACUCAAAAGAAGAUGGCAGGCUUGGAAAGAGGCUGUCUCAUUUGGAUUCCAUCCCGCACACUCCUCGUGUUAACAAGGAAAUUCCUGAUGUCAACGAUGCAACUUUGGAUCAUGAAAGACUGUCACAGAGGUUGACUACCUAUGGCUUGCAAGAGCUUCAAAUCGAAGGAGAUGGAAAUUGUCAGUUUAGAGCUUUAGCAGAUCAAUUGUUUCGGAAUCCUGAUUACCACAAACAUGUUAGAAAAGAGGUGGUGAGGCAGCUAAAACAUUUUAAAAAGCUGUAUGAAGGAUAUGUGCCAAUGAAGUACAAACAAUACCUGAAGAAGAUGAAAAGAUCUGGUGAAUGGGGAGAUCAUGUUACCCUACAAGCAGCUGCAGAUCGGUUUGAGGCCAAAAUCUGUUUGCUUACUUCUUUUAGAGACUCUUGUUUCAUUGAAAUUGUUCCCAAGGACAAAGCUCCUACAAGAGAGCUUUGGCUUAGCUUUUGGAGUGAAGUUCACUACAACUCUUUGUAUACAACUGGAGAUGUUCCAACAAGAGUACCUAAAAAAAAGCAUUGGCUCUUCUAGACUCUAGACCCCUUAAUGUUCCAUUCACCUUUUCCCUGUCCUUGUACAUAUAUUGUCUCCAGUGGUUGGUUACCAUGACAAUGGUAAUGACAAAGUGAUCCAAUGUCACAUCUUGUGAUUAUUUUCUCAAAUUUCACAUUAAGCGUUUGUAUACAUUGUUGUACACCUGUACAGAACUCAGUUGGAAGUUGAAUUUGAUGAAAUUCUACAAUCUCUUUCCUUGUUAUUCAUCAGAGUUGUGGUCCUUUAGUUUGAAACAUGAAAUUGUACGGCUGGAGCAGAUAA